GUCAUGUUUGGUCUCCUUAUUUCUGGUCGUCCCGUAGACGCACAACCGCAGGCCAUCUCUCCGACGCAAUACGCCUUCCAGGUCCCGUCGCAACCAGCUUUUAACCAUAUCGCCGUCUUUUCUCUACCAGGCAACGAGCUGCCACCCGAUGCCGCUGCCGCAAUCUUCAUUCAGAUUCCACCAUCGACCGAGUUCAAGCUGGUUGGCGCCUUGUCGUCGUUGAGGCCUUCGACCAUGUUCAAGAUCAACACGGGCAACAAUGUUGCGCAAGGCGCAGGAGAUGACCAGCUCAUGUUGGAUGAGACCCCGGAAGGCGUGGCAAUAGGAGGACCUGCCAUCGUUGUUGGCAUAGAGAUACAACCUGCUGAGCAGGUCAAGGCAUUGCUGGCAGAGCAAAAGGCGAAAUCUUCAACACAGUUGGUGCCAGCAAGACAAUCCGCCACCGCCUCACCAGUCACAACAAAAGUUCUCGCACAGCGUAUCAUUGCCAACGCUUUCAAUUUUCUUGCGUCAUUUGGAAGUGAUACUGUCCCGCUUAAGGCCUUUGAAGCCUGGUGGACAAAGUUCGAGAGCAAGGUCAACAAUGAUCCCAGUUUCCUUGAACGUCCUCAAGAUUGA